GUGUAUGUUUUUUAUUCUCAAUUAUUUCUGACCAGUUCCCUGGAAUAUCAUCAAACGUACAUCUUGCCUGAGGAACUAUUGUCUUCAUUUUAGAAUAUAAGACCAGUAAAUAGUUGACUAAAGGAACCUACCAUGAAUGAAUGCAGCAAGACAUAUUGUAUUUAAUUGGAAAAUGAAAAACUAGCUAGCCUCUUAGUGCCUUUGUCUUCUCUGGCCAGACUUGCUUGCAUCAGCUUUGCACCUCGAACUCUGUAAUGGCCAUAUUUCUUCCUCUAAUUUGCUUGAUAUUAUCAUUCUUUAGCUUCUUUUCGUUUUCAUCUCUUGCAACAGAUACUCUUACACCUUCAGACACAUUGAGAGAUGGUCAAAUCCUGGUUUCAGCUGGUGGAGUUUUUGAGCUGGGCUUGUUCAAUGAAAGCUUUUCAGGCUAUCACUAUCUGGGGAUUUGGUUGAGAGCCGAUGCAACCAAGGUUGUCUGGGUUGAUCGCGAUAAUCCUAUAUUGGAUUCAUCAGGCAAGCUUCAAAUCCUGUCUGGAAAUUUGGUUCUCGCUGACCGUCGACAAGUACAAUUGAUAGUCAACUCAGGGAGUCUUGCCAGAGUCACAGCUAACACAAGUGCAACACUUCUUGACACCGGUAACUUUGUCCUUAAGGAAACAGAUACAGGAACUAAAAUAUGGCAAAGUUUUGAUAUACCGACUGAUACUUAUCUUCCUGGGAUGGAACUUGGGUUCUUUGGCCUAAACACAUCUCGGGUAAGCUUUCACAUUCUUAUUUCUUGGGCAAGCCCCCAAAACCCAGACCUUGGCCUCUUCACUUUAAGCAUUGAUAGGAACAACACCACAAAGCUUUUGGUUAGGCGAAAAGAUGGAGCAAAAAUGGAAAUCGGUUUCUGGAAUGGAAAUGGCAUCCAGUUUAUUUUUGAGAACUCAUCUGCUGGGAAUAUGUACGAUUUUAGCUUCCAGUCCAAUGCAAAUGAAGCUGUUUACACUUUUACUACCAGUAAGACUUAUGACCUUGUGUGGUUUGUGAUGAGUUACAUGGGAAACCUGGACCAGUAUUUUAUGGUAGAUGGGAAGAUCUCUUCUUUGAGUCAUGCUUUGUGUGAGGAUUCGGCUGGUGGUAAUACUGGGACAUGCUUUAGUUCAAUACCUUCUAACUGUGGCAAUGGUGAUAGCUUUUUUCAGAUGAAUGGUUUGCUGCCAUCUACAUUUAAUAGCACUGGUUCCGUAAAUAUGGCGAUUACUGAUUGUGAAACUUUCUGCAAGAACAAUUGUUCUUGUACAGCAUUUGCUUCAGUUCAGAAUGGUCAACCAGGAUGUCAACUAUACUAUGGGAGUAAGCAGGAGCUAUUGAAGAUCAUAGAGAAGGGAGAAGGGCUUAUAUACAUUCGGCGUGGUGCUCCAAGUGAUGCUAAAAAGUGGAAACUCUGGUUGGCUGUUGUGGUUCCCUUGGCUUCCCUCUUGGUUCUUAUACCAAUCUCCAUAGCCUGCUAUUUGCGCUGGGGAAAGCGACUGAAAGAAGAACAAACUCGACAAGAAGCCAUAAUCAAUUCUGAUCGAGGUAGAUUAUUCCUUGCUUCAACAAUCCAUCAUGAUGAAGUUAGAGGUUCAAAUAACAUCGAAUUAGGCAUACACAAGGAUCAAGAAUUGCCCUGUUUUAGCUUUUCCACCAUAAAUAUGGCAACAAACUACUUUGCAGAGGCUGAUAAACUUGGAGAAGGUGGAUAUGGACCUGUCUAUAAGGGUAAGUUGCUAGUAGAAGGACAGGAAAUUGCAGUGAAACGGUUGUCUAAAAUUUCCAGGCAAGGGUCCAAAGAGUUCCAAAACGAAGUCUCGGUCAUUUGUAAGCUUCAACACAGGAAUUUGGUCAGGCUUCUGGGAUGCUGCAUUGAAGCAGAAGAAAGCAUACUGAUUUAUGAGUACAUGCCCAACAAAAGUCUUGAUUCCUUCAUUUUUGACUCAACCAAACAGGUACUUUUGGAUUGGAGAAGGCGUAUUAACAUUAUUGAAGGUAUUGCACAAGGUCUUCUAUAUCUUCACAAAUACUCUAGAUUAAGGAUCAUUCACCGCGAUUUAAAGACCAGCAAUAUUCUGCUGGACAGUGACAUGAACCCAAAAAUUUCUGAUUUUGGAAUGGCAAGAAUUUUCGGGGACAAUGACAUCAGAGGAAAAACAAACCGAGUUGUUGGUACAUUUGGUUACAUGUCUCCUGAGUAUGCAAUGGAUGGCCUCUUUUCUGAAAAAUCCGAUGUCUUUAGCUUUGGGGUGAUCUUAUUAGAGAUCAUAAGUGGUGAGAAGAACAUUGCAUUCUUUGAGGCUGAUCACACCCUGAACUUACUCAGCAAAGCUUGGCAUUUGUUGAAAAAAGGAAGCAGCAUGGAGUUAAUGGAUCCGACACUGUGUGCUUCUUGUUCGAGCAGUGAAGUUAUCAGAUGCAUACAGAUGGGUCUUCUGUGCGUGCAAGAAAGAGCUAUAGAUCGACCAACCAUGUCGGAUGUUGUUUCUCUUCUAAGCAAUCAAUCAUUUGCUCUGCCUCUUCCUAAAGAACCUGCAUUUUUGAGGCAGUUAAGUUCGACUGAUGCAGAUUCAUCUUCAAGUAUGCAAAGAUACUGUUCUCAAAAUGACAUAACUAUUUCAGAAGAACAUGGCAGGUAGCAUGUUAGAAUUCACCAGGCUUUGCAAUUAACAAUAUUUCUGCCCUUGUAAACUUUUAUUUUUCUUGUAUCAAAGUUGUAAUGUAAUGUAAAUGGAAACACACAUUUUCACCCAAAUAUGUAUACCUAUGUAUCUUUGACAACAAGUAAAUUUCAGUUGCACUUCUGU